GGAAAGCAGAGGCCGCAUUGAAAACGUUCAGCGCGCUGAAAGCAGACGCGGACGGCUAACGUAUACGCGGGGAGGUUCGGAAUGCUCGGGCUCUACGAGCUUUUGUCUUUGCUACGAUGUUCAGGCGACGGGACAACAUCUUGAUGGCGAGGAGAGGAGAGGAGAUGAGAGGAAUACUCUGUAGAGUCAGUGUACACCCGAAGGACAGUGUGCGAUUAUUGGAUUUCGAAAUUUACAAAUUACUUUCAUGUGACCGAAAGCGAGAGCGAGAGCAGAGUGCGGACCUCUCGCAGGACGAGAAGAAUGGAGAGUACAGGAAAACAAUACCCUCGUUCACGGCGUAGUGUUAAAUACGGCACUUUGCUCGUUUGGUUUGACUUACCAUAACGCAUUCAAUUUGUCACACUUCCCGAGAAUUGACAGGCUGCUGGCCUUCUAUGAGUAUGUGGUGUUCGGCGCGAUGGACAGCCUCUCUAAAUACAGAACUCGAGAGUCCGAUUGUCGUAUUUCGUUUUCAGAAAGUUCCGUAUUUUCAAAAAAAAUAAAAAGUCUUUGUUAUCUAGGUGGGUUUACUAGAGAAACUAACAGAGUCACCCAAUUAAAACUUUGAAUGAAGGUUUGUGAAAAUUUCUUUGUUGAUGUAGGUGGGUUUAUCCGAGAAACUAGAAGUACUCAAUUAAAAAUUUGCGGUGAUAAUUUGUGACCAUGCCUUUGUUAAUCUAGGUGGCUGGUACUCAACAAAAACUUAAGGGUGAGACAUGAUAAGUUCAACCAGGCAGGUUCUACUCUUUUGACUCAUUGCUUACCUCAAGAAUUUGUAGCUUUGAAAACACU